AUGCCUCGCUCGUCCCUCGGCCGGAGAUUUCAGGUGCGGCGACCUCCCCCACCUCAGCGUCCUCGUCGCGCUGCUCGGCCCGGCGCCCCCGCGUGCCGGCGGGCCUUCUGCGCUCCCCGAGCAGCCGAACAAAGCAGUCUCCAUAGCACUCCCCAUGGCGACGGGAGCUGCGGCGGCCCCUGUGGCCCUGUCGUUCUGACUGUAGUGCCGAGGGUGGUCAUCCCCUGCCAUGGCUGCAAGAAUAAGGUCCGGAAGGUGCUCAGGAGCGUCGAAGGUGUGCAGAGCGUGAUGGUGGAAGCCGCACAGCUCAAGGUGACGGUGACGGGCACCAUGGACGUCGCCACGCUCGUCCAGAGGCUGCACAAGUCCGGCAAGAACGGGAUUGAAUCGAUGGGAGCAUUGAGGCAUCAAAUUAUGGAGCACCGUGCUUCUACAACCAGUCAACCUGAGUUCAGCGCUGGGAAUCGACGGAUCGCUGAUGCUGCUGCACAAGAACAGAGGCCAGGCCUGGCAACGGCGGCAAGGUGCAGCAAGGGCCGUGUUCUGCACCGCAACAGUUUCUCUCUUGCACCAUAUCAACGAGGCAGCUGCAGCUACGACCACAAGGACAAGACCGAGGACAUUAGCAAGCUCAAACAAUUGCACGACAUGAUAUUUAUGGAGUAAUAAUUUACGUGUAGCUUGAAACACUUAAAAUACAUGUACUACUGAGCAUGUGCUGAUCAAGCUAAAAUUUUGCAUGAAAAUAAUGAUAGCAUGAUGUACUCCGUAGCUAUCACAAGUUUAGUGCAAAAUAUAUGUGCAUGCAUCAAAGAAUUUGAGAUUUCUUACUCUGUAAAAUUGCAUGCAUCAUAUAGAAUUUGCACCAAAAUAUGUGCAUAUUAUCUAUCAUUCAUUUUUUUAAUAUUUUUUGAUAUAUGAAAAUGAUGUGUAUAUCCAUGUUA